UCUUUCGCCAACCAUCUCUGAUCUCUCCUUAGUCUAUCGCUUCUGCAUCCAUCUAAAUCUAAAUCCGAAGGCCAUGGCGGUUCCCAAAGUCCACGGUAGCGUAUUUUCAACGGCGACGAACCGCGUCGUCGCAUGCCUUCACGAGAAAGGCAUCGCCUUCGAGUUCUCUCCCGUCGACAUGAGAUCCGGAGCUCACAAGAAGGAACCAUUUCUUUCCCUCAACCCAUUCGGUCAGGUUCCGGCAUUUGAAGAAGGAGAUUUGAAGCUGUUUGAAUCAAGGGCGAUCACCAAAUACAUAGCCCACGAGUAUCAGGAAUCUGGGACUGAGCUGAUCUACAAGGAACCAAAGAAAAUGGCGAUCCUGGCGGUGUGGAUGGAGGUGGAGGCUCACCAGUUUGAUCCGGCGUCGUCGGCGUUGGCCUGGGAGCUGGUGUUCAAGCCCAUGUUUGGCAUGACGACGGAUGCGGCCACCGUGGAGCAGAAUGAAGCGAAGCUGAGUAAGGUUCUGGACGUAUACGAGGCUCGGCUGUCGGAGUCUAAGUACUUGGCCGGAGACUGCUUCACCUUGGCCGAUCUCCACCACCUCCCUAACAUCAAUUGCUUGAUGGGAACGCCGGUGAAGAAACUCUUCGAGAGUCGCCCUCACGUCAACGCCUGGUGCUCCGACAUCUUGUCCCGUCCGGCAUGGUCAAAGGUCCUUGAGACGCAAAAGCAGUCCUAGAAUGAAGCCAGAAGCCAUGGGCUCUUUUGUCUAUUGCCUACCUUUUAUGAGCAACGUGUUGAUUGUUGUUGCAACUCAUCUGUGUGACUUCGUGGGACCUACGUUCGCUGUUUGAAUAAGAGUCUAAUUUCCUGUAUGGUAUUUUCAAUAAUUGUCGAAUCAUCGUUUUCUUAUCGGAUAACGUUGGAGAGUAGUACACUUUUAUUUAUUUUUUCUUUUUUAGUUUUUUUUUAUUUUAGUUGGGUCGUUAUCGGGGUGUCAAUUGGAUCGGAUUUGAUCCAAUCCGAUUCACUCUAAUGUGAACAUCAUAAAUGGAACAGUUCCUUUAAAUUCGUUUUGAUUAA